ACUUCGUGGUCGGCAAUGGUCUCCCCAGCCAUCGCUCUGGCUUUCAUCCCCUUCGUGGUCACUCUGCUCAUCCGCUACCGCCACUACUUCCUGCUCUUUUACCGAGCGGUGCUGGCCCGACGGCUGCGGGACUGCUUGACCGGCAUCCCCAAGCAGGACAGGGCCUUCCAGUACGUCUUGACCCACUCCAUCCCUGGCGACCCACUGCACAUCCUGGAGACCUUUGACCAGUGGAGCCAUCACUGCGAGUACCUCAGCAAUUUAGGACCCCAAAAAGCAAAGAUCCUGGAGCGGCUGAUCUACGAGAAGGCCCCCCUCACCGUCUUAGAGCUGGGCACGUACUGUGCUUAUGCCACCAUCCUCAUCGCCCAGUCGCUGCCACUGGGCGCCCGGCUGUACACCGUGGAGAUGGACGCGCACAAAGCAUCCGUGGCAGAGAAGAUCAUCCGGCUCGCUGGGUUUGAUGACGACACGGUGGAGCUCAUAGUGGGGCGCUCGGAGGAAGUCAUCCCCCAGCUCAAAGAGAAGUUUGGGCUGUUCCAGGCGGACCUGGUCUUCAUGGGCCACUGGAAGCGCUGCUACCUCCGGGACCUGCAGCUGCUGGAGGCUCACGACCUCCUACCCGAGGGGGCCACCAUCUUGGCUGACAACGUCAUCUUCCCCGGGGCACCCCAGUUCCUCCAGUACGUCAAGGCCAGCGGCAAGUACAAGUGGCGCAUCCACAGGACCAGCCUGCAGUACUUCCGGGCCAUUCCCGACGGCAUGGCCCAGCUCACCUACACCGGUCUGCAGUGACAAGAAGCCCCGUUAGAGAGGGCGGCCUGCUUCUGUGAGAGCCGGAGACGCAGCCACGAAGCGGAAAGGCUUCCCAUCUUGCUAG